GCCUUGUUCGCACUUGGCGAGUAUUUUAGUCGAGUACCGAGUAAUUUAGUAGCUAAAUGUGUCUGAACACCAAAAAUUUAGUCGAGUAGGUUAGUAAAUAAUUUAGUCAAGUCAAUCCAUUUUGUUCUAUUUUUUCGGGCGAGUAGCGCCUCCCACCACGCGUCCUUGCUCACUGGCUCACUGACUAAACAAGUCCGAACCUGUUGAUUAGUCGAGUUCAUUAGUAGCCACAAAAAUGACGUUUCGCUGGAGCGAAGAAACAUCUUUAAAAUUUGUUUCCAAAUAUGUACACCAUGAAUGCUUGUGGAAUAUUAAGUCCCCGCAUUAUAAAAACAAGCAAAUGAAACUAUCCGCAUAUUUAGAUUUAGAAAAUACUAUGAAUAUACCCGGAUUUGGUGAAAAGGAAAUUAAAUUGAAAAUUAAAAACAUCAGAUCGACUUACUCGCAGGAGUUAAAAAAAAUAAAGGACUCCAAAAGUUCAGGCGCUGGGACCGACACGAUUUAUAUUCCUUCUGUAAAAUGGUUCAGUUUAUUGGAUGCAUCCCUUCGAAACUUAACCUCAACACUGACACAAAGUGAAAGUAAUUUGGCUUCGAAUAGGUCACACACUAAUGAUGCAGAUACUGAGGAAAACAGUCCUGUAGUGGAUACUUUUCGUAAUCCUACACCUCCUCCACCUCCGACAAAAAAGAGGAAAAUCGCCCAGCUCUCGAGCAUGGUUGGCCAAUUAAAAGAAAUAAUUCAUAGUAAUAAUUCUACAGUCGAAGAAAAUGAGUUUGAGGUCUUCGGUAAACACGUCGGUCUUCAACUGAAAUCUUUACCCUUACUAUUGGCAUUAGAAGCACAGGAACAAAUUCAACUUUAUAUAAAUAGAAUUCGUCGCCAGCAUAUUCAAAAUGAAUCUGUACAAAACAGAACGCCACAGUCAUCUUUUGCUACUGGAUCACCACAUAGCGAUUCUUCAAUAUAUUUUAAUGACACCAGUACAUAUAAUUUGGAAGAGCAAGCAACUGAAUGAAAAAGAACGCUAACGUUGACAAUCAAAAGUGAUGGAGCAAACAAAAUACUUAUAUUAAAAUGCCUAAAAAUAUUAAAAAUUAUUCUCUUAAUAAAUAAAUAUUUUAUAAUAAA